AUUUCACAUCACACUGUUACGAUACCGAACAACUAGAAGAACAAUCUACCUAAUUUCACAAUGAAAAUCUAUAUCAUUUUAGCACUAGUUGCACUUACAUCAGCUGAAUGGAAGCCUAAAAGUCACGAAGAAUGGCUAGAAAUUGAAGCCAAAUGCAAGGAACAACGCAAAAUGACACCAGAACUUGAAGAGAGAAUUAAAAAUGAGCCAUAUUUACCCAAAGAAGCAUUCGAGUUUCAUCUCUGUUGUUUGCGUAGUACAGAUCUUUGGAGUGAUUCCGAAGGAUUUUCGCUUGAAGGAAUGACGGCUAUCCUUGAUAGAAUACCAGAUGAAGAAAAAAUUGAUAAAGAUGCACAACGUGAUAUUUUAAAGAAAUGCAUUGACAACAAUAGUGAAGGAAGUACUCCAUUCGAUUGGGCUUAUCGUUGUUAUAAGUGUUUCAAAGAUAAUGGAGAUUUUUUGAAGAAUAUAGGAAAAGCGAAAUUUCAUGAUCACAAGGAACACUAAAAAUUAAUAUCUAAUGCUGACUUAAGUUGCUACUGUAAAAGGAAACAUGUUGGUGGUGAUACGAUUGUUAUUAAUAUUUCGUGUUCAAAUAUUUAAAUACAUAAUUUAAUGCCAAAUAUGAAAUAAAUUUAAUUGUUUUCACUCGA